CUAGCUUCUACCAACCACCUGACAACAACUAUAUAACAUUGAGCUUUACUCUCUUGAGGAAGACUCAUUCAAAUUUUGAAGCUAUCACAUAGUCUAAGGGAGAUAUUGGAGUGACAGCAUUUCAGUUACCAGAGGAGUGACUAACUGACUUUAAUUUUAGAUAAACAAGGUUGUCGAUGAUAACUUUUUGCCAGUUGACAGUGUUGGUUAGUCUUUCAAUACUGCUUUUUCGGGACUUACUUUAACCAAGGGCAACUCCUCUACAAAUUUGCUUGACACUACUUUGGGGGUGCUCUGGUACCUUGGUGUUGCAGUAAGUUUCUGUCACCAUUAGUUAUGGACAAGCAACAAAUAUUAUGGCCUCCGUCAUGGAAUAACAAUCAUCUUGUUGAUAAUGCUUCGAAUAGCACACGUGUGGAUACCCAAGCAGUGGCAGAGCAUAAUUCUGUUGUUGUUCGCCUUAUGAAGGGCCGUACAAUGGAAAGACUGACUGAUAUAGAAUUGAGUAGUGUCCAUGCAACUAAGCCUAAAAGCACUGGUUUGGUUAAUGAUGCCACAUCAAUUGUCUUGCAGGAGGAAGAUGUGGAAACCCCAUGUGGUAACAUUAGGGUUGCCAUUCAAGGAGACCGAGCUAAACCAGCUAUCCUUACAUUCCAUGAUAUUGGUCUUAACCAUACGACUUGCUUUCAAGGAUUUUUUGGAUUUGCUGAUAUGCAACCAAUCUUACGCCAUUUUUGUGUGUAUCAUUUGAAUGCCCCUGGCCAGGAGGAAGGAGCUCUUCAGUUGAGACCAGAGCAAGAUGCCCUUGGUAAUCCUGAAACCCUUAAUGGGAACAGCUAUUCUUAUCCUACCAUGGAGCAACUUGCUGAUGCUGUCCACCAUGUUGUUGAGCAUUACAACUUAAGAAGGAUUAUAGGAUUUGGUGUUGGUACUGGAGCCAAUAUUUUGGUUAGAUACAGUUUGUGUCACCCAAGCUUUGUCGAUUCGUUGGUGGUGAUUAAUCCCACUUGUGAUGCUCCUGGAUGGAUAGAAUGGGGCUACCAAAAAAUGAACAUGUGGUAUUUGUUUAGUGGUCAAAUGACAAACUUUACUGAAGAGUAUCUCUUGUGGCAUUGGUUCGGAAAGAAAACUCGAUGGGAAAACCAUGAUUUAGUCAAUGUGUACAAGGACUGCAUCAAAGCUAUUAAUCCACAAAACCUGGCAUUAUUCAUAGAAUCUUAUCUGAGACGAACUGAUCUUGGUUUGAUCCGAGAACUGGAUAAUAUUCGCAGGAACACUGUGAAGAAUGUAAAAUGCCGCACUAUGCUGCUGGUUGGUGAUGACUCUCCUCAUCUUGAUGAAGUUGUUAAUAUGAAUGGAAGGAUGGAUCCUCAGGAGACUGAUUUCGUUAAGAUUGCUGAUUGUGGUGGUAUGCCCCUUGAGGAGCAACCAGCCAAAGUGUGUGAGGCUUUCCGGUACUUUCUUCAAGGAAUGGGCUACAUUCCUGCAUUGAUACCAUCUCGUAGUGUGUCAACUUGCAGUGAUUUUAGCCUUGCAAGCACCAGGAGUCCUACCACUGAGGAAGAUGCGGUUGAAUGUUAGAGAAGUCUUAUAUAUCAUUGAACUGGCUUUAAAUCUCUCUGCCAGGCAACUCAAAUAACCCACUUGAAAUAACUGUUCAUAUAACUAUGAUGCAAACUAACAAACUUCUUCCCUACUCCUUCCCCCACCCUAUCUUAUUUUUUGCAGCUCAGACUAUCACCUGUGAGCAUAAGUAGUUUCUCUUUCCUUUCCCCCACUCUUGUUAGGCUUUUUAUACUUUUGAUUACUUUCAUUUUCAGAAAGCUCACUUUAUAUAUUAUUGCUACGGUUUAUAAAUUACCAUGUUUAAAUACCAUAUUUUCUAAGUCACCAGCCAUUUCAUUUUGCUGAUUUUUUUUUUCUGUUGUUUAAUCUAAUUAGCAAUUCCCUAUAACUAUUUUGAUACUUUCUGAAAAAAAAUUAUAAAAAAAUAUUUUUUUUUUUUUAAAUAAAGGAAUUGCAUUUGAAUGUCUGCAUCACUUCAUCCUUUUUAGCAGCCAUCAAGGUUGACUAAUUGAAGCUUUCUUUUUGGUCCAUACUUGCUCUUUUUUUCCGCACCAUUUCUCACAAAGAUGACAAACUAUGUGCUUUUGCUUUCCUUCAAAGAGUUAAGUGAAAUUGCAGUAUCCAAGUAGUUGUAUGUCUAGAACAGAACCACUUACUCCAUAACAUUCUACUAAAGCUGAAAAUAUGAAGAUAUGUAGUUAGAAUAUGAAAUCUGAUACUGCAUUUUGCUCUAAGUGUUCCCUUUUUGUCAUCUUCAGCAUUCCAAACAUUUGUGAGUAUAUCCAGUCCCUACACUGCCGGUCUUCUAAAUUUUCUCUUGUGACUCAUUAAAUUAGUCGCAAGUCAUCAAAAUAUAAGCGAUAUCCUCUACAAGACACUCGAUGUGGGUCUUCCUUCAUGCCAUUAAGUAGCAUACUUUAUUCACAUCAAAUAAAAGAUAUGAACAAUGAAAAUGGAUAUUGCUGAGGGGGUCAGUUAUGAUUGGAAGAUGGGUAGGCAAUCGGUAAAUGCUGCAAUCAUUAACUUGUAUGUUAUUAGGACUCAAACAUAUUAAACGAAAUCUAUGUAAAAUGGGACAAAUAAUUCCCCCACUUUGUAAUCUCUCCUUUGCUUAUUAGCGUACUUGAGCAAUGUAAUUGAUACUGCUGUUGCCAUCUCCAGAAACAUAAGAACUCUUGUAUAUGAGCUAGAAGUGGAUUCCCCCUAAGUAUCUAGCCAGCUGCUGUAGAUGGUACUAAAGUAUCUGGUUUACAAUUUUCCUCAUAUCAUGCAAUUGUUCUAUUCUGUUUGUAUUAUAAGAAAGGUUUGGAGUUGGUAGAGAUUAGUAUUAGUUAAUAGGUUUUCAUAGAGAGUGCAUUUGAACUAGUCUGCUCUAAUUCCUGUAUUGCUUUAAGUGGAUGCGGAGCUUCAGUAGCUGCCCUAGUAGAUUUGAUCUUGUCAUUCUAGUAAGAAAUAAUAUUUUAUUUUUAUGGCAGAAGUUAAGACUAGAUAUGUUGAGAGACAAUUGGACUGGGCUUGACAAGAGUUUCUUGCUGAACCUCUUUUGAAGGAGAUUGUGCUUAGCUUCUAAUACUGGCUGAUUAAUUUUUUUUUUAAAACCACUUUUGUUCUGUUACUGCUGUUCUUUGAGCAGCCAUUCUGAUACCAUCCAAUGAAAGUUGCUGUACUGCUAAAAAGUAUUGGACAUUUAGAUUCCUUGUUUAGCUAGUGCCACAACUAUAAAAGUUUUGGUCAAAAUCCAACUUACCUUCUAGUAAAGGUGAGCAGUAUGAAAGAUUUUCCACCCUCCUCCUUUGCCUAUCAAAGCUUCAACUGGAUAGGAAAGUUGAUAUGGGUUUACUUGCUAAUCACCACCUAGAAUGUUUUCAGUAACAAUACAUUCCAUUUCUUGCUUAAAAACCAAAUUAUCUGUUCUUAAUAAUGAUCCAUGCCUUGUUUUCCAUAUCCCAUCAGCUAGACUGUAGUUACUCAACUAUUAUCUAGACUCCUGUAUAUAUAUAUCUAUAUUGGUUUGUUAUUUGUUUGUUAGUUUUUUUCCUGUUUUGUUUGGACAGAGCAUCUCAGUAUAUAGAUGCCCUUACGACUGCUCCUAGACAGUCUUUGUUUUUUACAGAAAGAAUUUAAAAAGAAUAACCAUUCAAUUGUAUAUACACUGUUCUAGCUCGCUGUUAUUUUGUAAUAUAUCUUCGAAUAAAGAGUUGUUUUCUUUA